GUGGGCGGUACCUUCCCGUAGGGAGCUCCGCCUUUCUCUCGAGCGAGGGGAAGAGGCUAAAGCAUGCUUGGAUUGGAUUAACCCUCUCGCUUCCCGGUACAGUCGUUUGGUCACGUACAGACACAGACCCUUUCUUCCCCGCCCCGUCUGUUCCGUUGGGCUUCUGGGCGGGCGCUGGUCCUCUCUCGCGCGCCCCCCCCCCGUCCUUCCACCCAGCCUCCUGUCUGUCUGUCUGUCUGUCUGUCGAAAACGGUUAGGCGCGAGGCCUCAGCCUGCUGCCUCGCUCUCUUCCCUUUCCUCUCGUAGCCCUCGGGCCUGAUCUUAGGGUGAGGCGGGCACCCGCGCGGGUGAAGGGGAAAGGGGCCGACGACAAGAGUCCCGAGUGCUGAGGGGCGAGCCACUGUCACUCGCGGGUCGGAGGAUGAUUGGCAGCCAGCACUUCAGCGCCAGCAAAGCCCCCCCCCCGCGCUGGUGCGUCGUUGGCGCUUGUAAACACCCUCGCCUGGGCCAGGCCCCGCUAGCCCGCUAGCCCGCCGUUUAAGGGCGCUCACCUGGCUGGCCGUUCCUGCCGGGCAAAGCCUGACGCCGUGCGUGGUCCCGGGUCUCUGAGAUUUUCCCCCCAGGCAAAAUCAACAUAUGCAGUAACCAUUUUCCACCAUCUGAUGGCUUGCAUAUGUAUUGGACUACAUGUCUCUCUUCAUGGCCAGCCAGUCUAGUAGGCCAUUUGCAAUAUGUAUGAAUAUCUGCCAACUAAUGUAGUGCUCAUGCAUCUGAUGGAAUGUGUUGCACUCUUCAGGUGAAGAUAUUAGUAAGCAUUGGCCAAACUUUUAUUAAGAAAAACCAUGGAUGUGAAGGAGGAAAUUUUAUGGAAAUCUGUUUCUGACAGCUAUACAUACAAAAGCAUAAAGACUGUCCUUACUAAAUGGAUAUACAGAAGACAAUUGUACAUUUUGGUGGUGUAGACUAAAUGUUUUCUUCAUCCUUUUUCUGUUCUGGUGCCUGAAUUUUUGUUAAGAUGUUCCACAAAGAGUUAAUGCAUGCAUCUUGAAGAUACUUGACCUUCAGCAAAAUUAUUAAUACCUAUUUGGAUGUCACCAGCAUUCCCCAUGUUAACAGUUCUGAGCAUGUUUUACUAUAUAUGUCUUCGGCGCCGAGCCAGGACUGCUACAAGGGGAGAAGUGAUGAGCAAUAGAAGAGCCAUUGAAUCUAAUAGAACCUUACCCAUCAAUGUUGAAUUAGUCCAAUAUGCCAAAGAAGUGCUGGAUUUCAGUUCUCAUUAUGGCAGUGAAAACAGCAUGUCAUACACCAUGUGGAAUUUGGCUGGAACUCCAAAUGUGUACCCCAGCUCUGGUGACUUUACACAGACUGCUGUAUUCAGGACAUAUGGCACAUGGUGGGAAUGUUGCCCUAGUGCACGAGCACCUUUUAAAAGGACGCCACCCAGUUUCUAUAGCCAAGACUAUGUCGAACUUGCAUUUGAGGAGCCAGUUUAUCCUACAGCAAUAAAUAUUCUGGAAACAUAUCAUCCUGGUGCUGUUGUUAGGAUUUUGGCAUGUUCUGCAAGUCCUUAUUCCCAAAACGUGCCCAGUGAAGUAAGGUGGGAAGUCCUUUGGUCAGAGCCACCUUCCAAUGUGAAUUCUUCUCAAGCACGGCAGUUUGCACCUAGUAUCAAGCAGAUAAAUUUUCCUACAAACCUAAUUCGUCUGGAAAUAAACAGUUCCCUUCUGGAUUAUUACACUGAAUUAGAUGCAGUAGUACUUCAUGGUUUAAGAGAGAGACCUGUGCUCUCAUUUAACACUUCAGUUAUUGAUAUGAAUGAUCUUGAGGAGGAGGAAGAUGGAGAGAGAGACAGUUGCAAUAUGGACAGUCUUAAUAAGCAGCUUAGUAUUGCUGGAUUCAGAGAAUGGACAACUAAUGGAUACUUUGAUAAAUUGCCUUAUGAGCUUAUCCAGUUGAUUUUGAGUCAUCUCACAGUUCCAGAUCUGUGUCGACUAUCGCAGACGUGUAAACUAUUGUAUCAACAUUGCUGUGAUCCCCUGCAGUAUAUUCACCUUAGUUUGCAACCUUACUGGGCAAGAAUAAAUGACACAGCCCUGGAAUACCUACAGCCCCGCUGUACUCUUGUCCAGUGGCUGAAUUUAUCCUGGACUGGAAACAGAGGAACCAUUUCUCUUUCUGCUUUUAGCAGGUUCCUGAAGGUUUGUGGUUCAGAAUUAGUACGCCUGGAGUUGUCUUGUGGCCAUUUCCUCAAUGAGACUUGCUUGGAGGUUAUUGCUGAGACAUGUCUGAAUCUUCAGGAAUUAAAUCUCUCCUCCUGUGAUAAGCUGCCACCUCAGGCUUUCAACCACAUUGCCAAAUUGUACAAACUUACACGUCUAAUUCUUUAUCGAACAAAAAUAGAGCAAACAGCACUACUCAGCAUUCUGAACUUCUGUUCAGAACUCCAACACCUCAGCCUGGGUAGCUGUGUAAUGAUUGAAGACUAUGACACAGUAGCUAGCAUGAUGGGAGCAAAAUGUAAAAAACUUAAAACACUGGAUUUGUGGCGAUGUAAAAAUAUUACUGAAAAUGGGAUAGCAGAGCUAGCUGCUGGCUGUUCUCUGUUAGAGGAACUUGAUCUUGGCUGGUGCCCAACACUUCAGAGCAGUACUGGUUGCUUCGCAAAACUGGCAUGUAAACUCCCAAACUUGCAAAAGCUCUUUUUGACAGCUAACAGGUCUGUUUGUGACUCUGACAUAGAGGAACUUGCUGCAAAUUGUACAAAUCUCCGGCAGCUGGAUAUCUUGGGCACAAGAAUGGUAAGCCCUGCUUCUUUAAGAAAAUUGCUGGAGUCUUGUAAAGAUCUUUCCUUACUUGACGUGUCCUUCUGUUCACAAAUUGAUAAUAGAGUUGUCCUAGAAUUGAAUGCCAGCUUUCCGAAUGUGCUCAUCAAGAAGAGCUUCACUCAGUGACUCAGUUCAUAUGCUGCUAUAUGGAACUGCUUUGACAAUCCUGCUUCCCGUGAAUUUGUGAUGACUUUUUUAAAAGAAAAAAAUUCAUGUGACUAAUGGGGGAAAGGUUAAAUCUUCUUAAUAUUAAGGUUAAAUAAGAAAUCAAAGAUUUAAAUUUUGAAAGGCCAUUAUUCCAUGUACUGCACCCAGUUACUGUAUUGGCAAAUGGAUCUCCAUGUGUGAAAUGAAAAGAAUCAUGUAAAUAUAAGGUGACAUACAAUUACUGUAAAUGUCUUUUAAAGAGCAUUAAAUACUACCUGGAUAGUAUGAUUGGAAUAAAUUUGUAACACUAAUUGAAAAGUGGAGAACAGAACGUCAUUUUAAGCAUUGGCUUUCAUGGAUCGAAUAUGAGUUGGUCACAAUUGGAGCCUCAAGUAGUUAAAGUACAAACAAGUAUGAAAGCCAUUUUCAUCUAAAAAUGAUUGAUAUAGCUCAUUUCAAGCUGUUGUUUGUGGAAGCGGAUUUACCAUUUCCAAUAAACAUUGGUGCAUUUA